UUAAAAUAUUGAAAGUUCCUAUACUAGAUAUCGAUAUGCAAUUACAACCCUAGCAAAGUAUCGAUAAUCGAUAAGUUAUUACGAACGUCACUAAUACUGUCAGAAAAUAAUGCAUUAUGUUGGUAGCUCCGCCUGUAGUUUGUGCGGUUGGUAAAGAUUUGCGGGUCGUUCUCUAAAAUGCAUAUGUGUGCGUGAGCUCAAAAAAUAUCUAUGGAGUGCCGUCUCUUACUCUUUUAUGCUCUUUGAUUAUUACUUACAAAAUAUAGUACUAGUAGUAAUACAUGUUGAAGAGAUAGUGCGCAGUCCAUGCCAUGCGUUAUUUUGUGGCUAUGAAAUUUCAACAGGAGGCAGAAGCCAGCGAAAACACAAAAUAUAAGGAUGGAGUCAACAGGAACGCUAGGCUUAUUGUUCGAAAUAUAUCCUUCAAAGCAACUGAGGACAGUUUGCGGGAUCACUUCUCCCAAUACGGGACCGUGGAAGAAGUGAAACUGCUUCGGAAGCCCGACGGGAAGCUGGUGGGAUGUGGCUUCGUGCAUUACACACACGUGCCCAUGGCCAACAAGGCUAUAACUGCUACAAAUAAAAAACCAUUUCUAGACCGUCCCAUUUACGUCUCUUGGGCAGUGCCCAGGCAUAAAUAUGGGGAGAAUGCAGAGCAGGACCAACCUCCCAGGAAGAGUGCAACUUUUGGUGAUUACGAAAAAAUUACAGUUAAGGAUGAAGAUCAAACCAAAUCAGACAAGGAUAAAAAUAAACAACGUAUCAACCGCAAUGCACGUCUUAUCAUAAGAAAUGUGAGCUUCAAAGCUACUGAAGAAUCUUUAAAGGAGCAUUUCCAACCCUACGGUGACAUAUUGGAGGUGAAACUUCUCAAGAAACCGGAUGGAAAACUGGUUGGGUGUGCGUUCGUACAUUUCAAGAAUGUGCCAAUGGCCAAGAAAGCUCUGUUGAGCACUAACAUGAAGCCAUUUUUGGGCCGUCCAAUAUCCGUGGACUGGGCGGUGGCCAAGGACAAGUACAUGCAGCACAUCGUGAAUCAGCAGCUUGAGAUGCAAGAGGACGUCAAGAAGGAAGACUCCGACAGCGAUGAGGAUGAGCCUCCGCUUAACAUCUCAAACGACGAUGUGAAGGCUGAGAUUAAAAGUGAAUCAGAUGGUGAUUCUGUAAAAGAAGAGGAUGAUUCUUCAGCAGAAAGUGACGACGAAGACGAUAAAAGCGAUGAUGAAGAUAGUGAUGAUGAAAAGGAUGGUGAGGAGCAGGAGGAAGAAGAUGAUGUUGAUGAUGAUCAAAGCCAAACCAGCACUAAACCGGAAUGGAAGCGGACCCAGCUAAACGACGCAGAGGACGGCUGCACAGUGUUCGUCAGCAACGUGCCGUUUAGCGUGGACAGCGCACAGUUGCGGGAAUUUGUGGAGGGCACGGCGCCCGUGCGCUAUGCGCUCGUCUGCGUCGACAAGCUCACCGAGCACUCCAAGGGCUCGGGCUUCAUCAAGUUCACCAACCAGGAGGACGCGGACAAGUUUCUGGCGCUCCCGGCGUCGUCACUACGACUGGAUGGACAGACGCUGCAGGCGCGGCCGGCGCUGCGCCGCGACAGCUUGCUCAAGCAGCCGCGCCAGCCCAAGGACAACCGCAACCUGUACCUCGUCAAGGAGGGCGGUGAGUGUACUACUAUAGCGACUGGAUGGACAGACGCUGCGACUGGAUGGACAGACGCUGCAGGCGCGGCCGGCGCUGCGCCGCGACAGCCUGCUCAAGCAGCCGCGCCAGCCCAAGGACAACCGCAACCUACGCUGCGACUGGAUGGACAGACGCUGCAGGCGCGGCCGGCGCUGCGCCGCGACAGCCUGCUCAAGCAGCCGCGCCAGCCCAAGGACAACCGCAACCUGUACCUCGUCAAGGAGGGCGAGCAGCCCAAGGACAACCGCAACCUGUACCUCGUCAAGGAGGGCGAGCAGCCCAAGGACAACCGCAACCUGUACCUCGUCAAGGAGGGCGAGCAGCCCAAGGACAACCGCAACCUGUACCUCGUCAAGGAGGGCGGUGAGUGUACUACUAUAGCGACUGGACGGACAGACGCUGCGGCUGGAGGGACAGACGCUGCAAGCGCGGCCGCAACCCGUACCUCGUCAAGGAGGGCGGUGAGUGCAUGCUAUAGCGACUGGACGGACAGACGCUGCGGCUGGACGGACAGACGCUGCGGCUGGAUGGACAGACGCUGCAGGCGCGACAGCCUGCUCAAGCAGCCGCGCCAGCCCAAGGACAACCGCAACCUGUACCUCGUCAAGGAGGGCGUGGUGGCAGCGGGCAGCCGAGCGGCGCUGGGCGUGUCUGGGUCGGACAUGGCCAAGCGGCUGGCGCUCGAGCGCAGCAAGACGCAGAUGCUUAAAAACCUCAACAGGUUCGUGUCCCGCUACCGGCUGGUGGUAUCCAACCUGCCUCCCUCGUGGAAUGACACUCGCUUGCGGCGGGUUUGCGUGGCGGCUGCGGGACGCACCGCCGUCGUCACGGAAGCUCGUGUGAUGCGUGACCUGCGCGCGCCGCUCGGGACGGACGGACAGCACCCGUCAAAAGGCUACGGCUUCGUAAUGUUCACUCGACACGAAGAUGCACUUACUUGCCUGAGAAAGUUGAACAACAACCCAGACAUAAUCGAUCAGAACAACAGGCCCAUAGUCUCCUUCUCCAUAGAAGAUAGAACCGCGCUGAACGCCAGAAAGAAGCGUCUGGAAAAAUCCAUCGCCAACAACCCUACAGCCAACAAACCGGACAACGAUAACCAAUCGAAAAACAGGAAACGUAAAAACAUGGCUCCACCAGACGAGAGUUACGUGAAAAAAGGCAGAUUCGAUAAACCUAAAAACCAUAAUGAUGACUUCGCUAAAAAGAGGUUAAUGGGAAAGAAACAUCAAAACCAAAAUGAAAACAGCGCAGGGAAAUUCGUAAGGAGACCAAGAAACGACGAAUCUAAUGAAUACACUGGAUUAACUGCUAAAGAGGGUUCUCAACACAAAAUGAGGAGCAACCAUAAACUAAGACAACAGGCGGACGUCCAUAGACAACAGGUCAAAAUGGAAAAGAAAAAAAGUAAGAAGGCCAUGCGGCUCAAAAUGGCGGCCAAGGAAAGGGUGAAGCAGCCAAAACAGAAAAUUAAUAAAGCGCCCGGCAAGAAAAAUAAAAGGAAGAAGUUCAAGUCGAAUAAUAUUAGGGAUAUACUUAAGUAAAUUAUACAUUAUGUAUUUAUAUUACUUUUUAAAUAAAUUGAAUUGUAAAUAUUAUGUUUAUUUUUAUUAAUUAUUCUUUGGUAAGAUCUAACACAAGAAAUUCCUGAAUAUAUUGUUUACUUAAUAAAACAAAAUUAAAUAAGUACAAAUGUAUUUACAUGAAUAAUUAUGGCGCCAUUAACCAGCUAUAUUGAAGCUGUCUGAAUAAAUCUGUAUAAUAACCCA